AUGAGGAAGAGUUUAGAUCUGGACCAGGAGGGCUGCUACCUGCAGGCCGGCAACAGAGAUUGUCUGCAGGAGUGCGGAUUUAACGCCACGGCCAAGACUAUCUUCAUCAUCCACGGCUGGACGAUGAGUGGUAUUUUCGAGGACUGGAUGCAGAAGUUGGUGGCGGCAGUCAUGCUGCGUGAGAACGAGGCUAACGUAAUCGUGGUGGACUGGAUCCCCAUGGCUCAACAACUUUACCCAGACGCCGUCAACCACACGCACACCGUCGGCCAGGACAUCGCUGCCCUUCUCGACUGGCUUCAGGAUGAGCUGCAGUUGCCUCUUGAGAAGGUGCACCUGAUCGGCUACAGCUUAGGGGCUCACGUAGCGGGCUACGCGGGAACGCACGUUCGAGGAUCCCUUGGGAGAAUCACGGGUUUGGACCCAGCCGGGCCGAUGUUUGAGGACGCGGAGGAGGAGGAGCGCCUCUCUCCAGGUGACGCAGAUUUCGUGGAUGUCCUCCACACGUACACCCGGGAAGCCCUGGGAGUAAGCAUCGGGAUCCAACGGCCAAUCGGGGAUGUUGAUAUCUACCCCAACGGUGGCAAAGUCCAACCCGGGUGCUCGCUAGGCGAAGUGCUAUCCGCUACCGGCGGUAACUUCAUGGAAGCGGUAAAGUGCGAACAUGAGCGAGCCGUGCACCUUUUCGUCGACUCCCUGAUGAACCGGGACCACGUGAGCUACGCUUUCCAGUGCACCGACCCGGAUCGUUUCAUGAAGGGCAUCUGCCUGAGCUGCCGAAAGAACCGCUGCAAUAACAUCGGCUACGAGACCCGCAAGAUGCGCAAGAGACGCAACAGCAAAAUGUAUCUAAAGACUCGUGCGGACAUGCCUUUCGGAGGUUACCAUUACCAGAUGAAGAUGCACGUGUUCAACAAAAAGCAGGCUGACGACGCCGACCCGACCUUCUACGUUAAAUUGAUCGGAGCUCAUAACGACACCGAAGACAUUUUUGUUGAUGUCCACAACCAGCUCAUCGGACUGAACCAGACCAACACCUUCUUGGUGUUCACUGAGAAGGACCUCGGCGACCUGCUGAAGAUCCACCUGACUUGGGAAGGUGACGCCGAAUCCUUCCAUUCCGUGUGGAAGAACUUUAAGAAGAGCUUCUGGGCCUGGAAUCCCUCCCCUGCCAAACCUGUCCUGGAAAUCCGACGGAUUCGCGUGAAAGCCGGAGAAACUCAGAAGAAAUUUACCUUCUGUGCCCAAGACCCAUUGAAAAUGGAGAUCUCUCCCGGUGAAUCGUUAACAUUUGUCAAGUGUCGUGACGGUUGGGAAGUGAAACCGAGAAAACGGUAA